UUUAAGUAGACUUAUAUCUGCAUAAUGCGACGGCGACGGGUUAGUGAUGAGGAAGGUGGUGGUGGCAGUGGGGACACGGAUGGAGGCGACGAUAGUGUUGAAUGUAAAAGUAAUUGAUGUUAAAUAUGAUAUUAUAGUAGUAAAGUGUUGGGGAUCUAUACUAUAAAUUAUUUCAUUAAUUUUUUUCUAAACUUAAGGUUUUUUUAAAAAAUAUAUACUUAGUGAUGGGGUUGAGUUAGGAUUUGUGUGCCUGCCUAAUAAAUUUACUGAUUCGCCCCCGGCCGCCAAUUACAAAAUCCCCCAAUAUAUAUAUCCACCAAUCAGCAUAAUCAUAAAUCAUCGAUAAAAAAAAUUGUUUUUGUAUUUCGUGUUGUCAACGCUGUUGGUUUUCUAUACUUCAAAAAUCCAUCCUUAAAUCUUAAUAUACUUUGAGGUUUCUCCUGUAGACAAAAAUUUCUCAAUCCAAUCUAUCUUCUGCUUUUAUCCAAAUCAAAUCAAAUUAAUUAUAAUUAUAAUUAUAUAUAAGAUAAAACAAUAAUAAGAAAAAUAAAAAAGUGGAGGCAGAAUGGCGAUGGCAAGUAUAUACAGAAGAGUUCUUCCAUCUCCACCUGCUAUUGAUUUCGCUUCUUCGCAAGGCAAGAAAUUGUUUAUGGAAGCGACUCAAGGUGGGACCAUGGAAGGUUUCUUUAAGUUGAUAUCCUACUUUCAGACACAAUCUGAACCUGCCUAUUGCGGUUUAGCUACUCUUUCUAUGGUCUUGAAUGCACUUUCUAUUGAUCCCGGUAAAAAAUGGAAAGGUCCAUGGCGGUGGUUUGAUGAAUCUAUGCUGGACUGUUGUGAGCCUUUAGAAAAGGUUAAAGCCAAAGGCAUUUCCUUUGGGAAAGUUGUGUGCUUGGCUCAUUGUGCCGGAGCAAAGGUUGAAGCUUUUCGCACAAAUCAAACUAGUAUUGAUGAAUUCCGCAAGCAUGUUAUUGCAUGUUCUAGUUCUGAUGAUUGCCAUGUGAUCUCAUCAUAUAAUAGAGCGACUUUUAAACAGACAGGUAGUGGCCAUUUUUCGCCUAUUGGUGGUUAUCAUGCUGGAGCAGACAUGGCAUUAAUUUUAGAUGUUGCACGGUUUAAAUAUCCUCCCCAUUGGGUUCCGCUUAAGCUACUGUGGGAAGCCAUGGAUACCGUGGAUGAUGCUAGUGGAUUUCGCAGGGGUUUCAUGCUAGUAUCUAGGCUUCAACGGCCACCAGCAUUACUUUACACCCUGAGUUGUAAGCAUGAGAGUUGGGCUAGUAUUGCAAAGUACUUGGUGGAAGAUGUUCCGGUAUUAUUGAGUUCUAAGAAGGUGAAAGAUGUGAAAAACGUUCUCUCCAUUGUUUUUAAUUCCCUUCCGUCAAAGUUUCUUGAAUUUAUCAAGUGGGUUGCAGAAGUGAGGAGAACAGAGGAGGGCGAUCAAAGUUUAAGUACAGAGGAGCAAGAAAGGCUCUCCGUCAAGGGGGAGAUACUGAAACAAGUACAGGACACUCAUCUAUACAAACAUGUUACAGAUUUUCUCUUCACUGAGAAAUCAGGGUGCCAGGGCCCGCUAUGUUUGGGUCAAGAAACCAGUUUGAUCGAUAUUGCAGCUAGUGUAUGCUGCCAAGGAGCAGGGUUUCUGGAUGGAAACAGUGAAUCUCGUAAUGGGUUUUGCUGUGGGGCAACACAUGUCCAUUGCAUAAAAGCCAAUGGAGACAUGCCUGUUACAGUAGUGUCUGGGACGGUGACCAAUGGCAUUGGUGAACAGCAUGUUGAUAUGUUGGUUCCAUCAUCUCCUAAAAAUUUAAGUUCGUCCAGCACUGGUUGCAUUGGAACGCACCACCCAGCUAGUAAUGAUGUACUCACAGCACUUUUACUGGCUUUGCCACCUCAAACCUGGUCUGGAAUCAAAGACAAUAGCCUGUUGCAGGAAAUAACUACUCUUGUUCGUUCGGACAACCUUCCCACUUUGCUUCAAGAAGAGAUUAUGCACUUGCGUGGUCAGCUCCAUGUUCUCAAACGAUGCAAAGAUGACGAGGUCGAGUAUCAAGGAACAAGCGAUGUAUCCAGGAGACCAGAACAGGUUAUUGGCAAGUCAAAGCUCUUCUUACAAGGGUCAAACUUACGUAAUCAAAUUGAUGUGUCGUCGUUGGGACAACGAGCCCUUGAUUGCUGUAGCAGGCUUUCUGAGAGGUAUGAAAGGCCCGAUCGGCUUUCGGGUGGGAUCAGAAGCAUUAUUACUUGGCCUAAACCAAUUGCUUAUACGUCCUGCAUAGGUUCAAGGCUUUGAUCGUAGGUACUUUUUCCAACAUACCACAAGGAAGCUCACAUUACUAUCUAACAUUGUUAUCAAAUAGAAUACACUCAUUCCUUCCUGUUUUUAUAAGCAGAAACCUCUUUUUUUGUGUGAGUUGCAGGUUCUGUAACCACAUAACAACUAUAUAACACAAAACAGAAUACUCAAUCAUUGAAACCUUUUUCUGUUUUUAGCAAAUGGCAAAACUCUUGGUACCUGUUUGUUUA